UUACAAGAAUACGAGACAAUAGGACGUCGUACAUUCUGUGGAUGUGCAAGGUAUUCGCCUUGGCUUUAUCCCGUUGAAAUAGUAUUUCAUCCUUGGGUAACAACCACUUGACAUGGAGCUGGAAAAAGGCGGACUGUGUAGAACGGUUUUAAACUUAAGCCAUGAUGCAAGUCAAGAAAAGGAAUGCGAGACAGACAAGGCCAACCCUGUGACAGAUAUGCCAGCACCCUCUUCACCUUCAAGUCCAACACGGAGGAAGGGGCAGGUGGAGAUGGAUGCAACUGUCCUCAUGAAUUUGAAGAAUGACGAGUAUGAGAAUAGUGAAGAUCAUGACUAUGUUAAUGUCCCGAAACCAUCCGUUAAAGCAGGACGGGAAGAAAACUCAGUUACCAUCAACAUCAUAGGACCGGAUUCAGAAGCUGGGGAAGUAAUUGAGGAUGAGGAUAACAAAGACGAGGAGCGGGAUGUCGUCAAAGACAACGCCACCAUGGACCAACAUACAAACCAUGAACGUAACCCGGUUCAUCUAAUCUAUGAGAAAAACCUACGAACAGGGCGUACAAAUCCCAGAAAGAUUUCGGUGUAUUCUCAAGGGUCGGACCACAGCGGACAUGCACCUUCCAUUGUUCCGAGUCGGAAAGGUUCAACGGUUCUUAUCGACGAACAGCCGGAAAUAAUCAGUAUGCCUUCAAAUUACCUGUCUGCCCCCGAUGACAGAGCGUUCCCCAACGGCCCCGACAACAACUACCUGAUGUCCCCGAGAAUGUCUGUGUUUUCCAUGUACAGCCAAGCCAGCAGGGGCAGUUUCCAGUCAGACAGGACCUUCCGGGACCCAUACGAGGUUCUCCCCCAUGCGGACCAUUACAAGAAUGUCACGAGCGCGUUCGACAACUUCCGACAACGACCAACACUCCAACAGCUUCGCGAAGAACAGUCACCCAUCCCCUUGGGCGAGGACCUCCCUGACAGUGAUGAUGAUGACUCGGGGGGUACCAGGAAGAAGGCGGAAGUCAAGUCACGCCCAGCCGCCAAGUUAGGAUGGAUCCAGGGGGUCUUGGUGAGGUGCCUGCUGAACAUCUUCGGGGUGAUGUUGUUCCUCCGCCUGACGUGGAUCACAGGGAGGUCUGGGAUCGGGUUCGCAUCCGUCAUCAUCCUUCUGUCGGCGUUCGUCACUUCCAUCACCACCAUGUCCAUGGCCGCCAUCUGCACCAAUGGAGAGGUCAGGGGAGGGGGCGCCUACUACAUGAUCUCCCGCAGUCUGGGGCCGGAGUUCGGGGGAGCUAUAGGGAUAGUCUUCUCUCUGGCCAACGCCGUGGCUGCCGCAAUGUACGUGGUGGGAUUCGCUGAAACUGUCCGUGACCUGAUGUGGGAGUACGGAACGUUCAUAACUGGUGACUCCAUCAACGAGGUCCGCAUCAUCGGCGUGGCUACGUCGUUCCUUAUCCUAGGUAUCGUGCUGAUUGGGCUGGACUUCGAAUCGAAGGCUCAGAUGGUGCUCCUGGUGGUGCUGAUGGCAGCCAUUGUCAACUUCUUCGUGGGCACCUUCCUCCCCGCCACACCAGAGAGACAGGCCAAGGGUUUCGUCGGCUACUCAGGCGAGUUAUUGAUGGAGAACUUUGGACCUGACUUCCGGGAGACGAGUUUCUUUCAAGUAUUUUCCAUCUUCUUCCCAGCUGCUACUGGGAUACUGGCUGGGGCCAACAUAUCCGGCGACCUGAAGAACCCCUCCGCUGCGAUCCCUCGCGGAACCUUUCUGGCUAUAUUCCUGACAACUGUCAUCUACCUGGGUAUCGUGUGGGCGUGUGGCAGCUGUCUUCUGAGGGAUGCGGUUGGCUUCUCCGUGCUGGAAGCUGCAUCCGGCAACUUCAGCGAAGUGGCUCUCACCAUCGCCAACUUCACUCAGUGUGGAAACACCACGUGCAAAUAUGGACUCCAAAACGACAACGGGGCAGUGGGUAUCGCAUCUGCCUUCAAACCGUUGAUCCUGGCCGGUAUCUUCUCUGCCACCCUGUCAUCAGCGCUAGCAAGCAUCGUCAGUGCCCCCAAGGUUUUCCAGGCGCUGGGCAAAGAUGGUCUGUUUCCGUUCAUUGGUUAUUUUGCCAAAGGCUUCGGCAAAUCAGGAGAACCAAAGCGAGGCUACUUCUUGACCUUUGGCAUCUGUGUAGCUAUGACAUGCGUGGGCGCCCUGGACAUCAUUGCUCCAAUCAUAUCCAACUUCUUCCUCAUGGCGUAUGCUCUCAUCAACUUCUCCUGUUUUGAUGCCUCCUUUGCCAACUCCCCUGGGUUCCGACCUGGCUACAAGCUGUACAACAAGUGGGUGAGCCUUGUGGGAGCCCUGCUCUGUCUAGCUGUCAUGUUCCUCAUCAACUGGUGGGCAGCUCUCGUUACAUUCGUCGUCAUCACAGCGCUGUACCUGUUUCUCAAGCACAGAAAACCAGAUGUGAACUGGGGCUCUUCAACACAAGCGCAUGCGUACAAGGAUGCUUUGCAGGGCACACUGAAACUAGCUGAUACUGACGAACAUGUUAAAAACUACCGCCCUCAGAUCCUGGUACUCAGCGGUUAUCCCAGGAACAGACCAGCCCUGGUCGACUUUGUGUCCACCAUCACACAGAAACAGUCCCUCCUGGUCUGUGCGCACGUGCUACUGGGUGAUUUGUGUGAUCAUGUGACCCACAUACGAUCCACGGCUGCCUACAAGUGGUUCAAUAACAGAAACCUUCGUGCCUUCUACACAAACAUCGCUGCCCCCAAUCUCAGGAUCGGCGUCCAGGCGAUAUUACAGACAUCGGGUGUAGGCAAGCUGCGACCGAACACCAUCGUCCUCGGGUACAAGGGGGACUGGCAGGUGGACGAUCCUCGGGUAGUCUUCAACUACUUCUGUGUUCUACACGACGCCUGUGACCUGCGAUACGGGGUGGGGAUACUGCGGUCAGUGGAAGGAUUUGACAUCCACAAAGUUCCCGACGAACUUCUCUCCGCCACGGACGAGGAUAUCAGCGAAUGGACGACUGCAGACUUUUCUGAUGACGAAAUUCAUGUCGAUAAAUCAGAUGAUGAAGAAAGUGAUGAGGAUGAGAAACUCACAACUAGGUCCAACGUCACACCAGUACCAACCGUCGUCGUUGACGAAUUAUCUAACGGCAUCCCACUGGACAAACUCGCCAAGAAAUUAGACGGAGAAAUAAACGUAGGAUUUAAACACGAGGACGAGGAGUCCAUUUCCGAUGGAAGGGUAGAACAGAGCGUAUACGACCGGAAACGUGCCAUGCUCAUUAAAGGUAUAUCUGUCGACGACGAACGUCUUGGGAACAGAUUCCGUCGGCGUCAGGUCGGGACAAUUGAUGUCUGGUGGCUCUUUGAUGACGGAGGCCUCACGCUGCUCCUGCCCCAGAUCCUGUCUACCCGGAAACAGUGGCGGGGAUGCAAACUCCGGGUGUUCUGUGCCGGAACCAAGCGAGACAACAUGGAAGAAGACCAUCGCAGGAUGGCGACUUUACUCAGUAAAUUCCGCAUCGACUACUCCCAGAUCACUGUGAUACCAGACAUAAAGAAAAAACCAAAGAGGGCGAGCUACAAAGAAUUCGAGUCCAUGAUCUACAGGUGGCGGCUGCGCCCGGGAGAAUCUCAAACAGACCUGCCCUGGAAAAUAACUGACUCAGAUCUCAGAGCACAAAAACAUAAGACCUACAUGAAACUCCGUCUCCGAGAGCUGUUGUUGGAAAACUCCUCUGAGGCAGCGCUCAUCGUCAUGACGCUGCCAGUGCUACGGAAGACGUCGUGCCCAGCGGGGUUGUACAUGGCUUGGCUGGAGAUCCUGACCAGCAACCUGCCUCCCACACUACUACUUCGCGGAAACCAGGAGAGCGUUCUUACAUAUUUCUCUUAGUGACUGCGGUCAACAUAGAACUAGAGGUCCUCGAACAUUGUCUUGAGUUCUUUUAGAAAAAACAUUCAAUGUUUCUCGUGGCCGAGUGCUUUGUUACUUUUUCCUGUGAGUACAAUACUGUUGAGCAUUCAGCAGUACAAGGAUCUACCGGUUAUCAGCUCGAAUCCCAGAUAAUCCCUGAUUACGAUUCUUGGGUCAGCAAAACUCCAUUCAUGAGUAACUCAGUGAGAGUGUAUGUUUUACACGGCUUCUUGCAACAUUCCAUCAUCACCAGGGGCACAAGUAAUAGCGUCUCCCAUAUCAUUCCUGUUGGCACUGAAACUCGAUAGUGUUCAAGUGGCGGGAAACCCAGUUUAACCCCUCACAUAUAUCAUUGCUGACCAUCAAGGGGUACAGAUCUCAUAUAUUGCAGUGGUUGGCCAUGAUUCUCCUCAUGACAAUGACACCAAGCGUGUUUGACAUGUUACAAUGUCACUGGACAAAUGUAUUUAUGCAUAGUGUUUUGUGAAAAAUAUUUCAAUGGUCAUGUAAACGUUAGAUAACAUAUGUCGUUUAACUGGUUAUAUCAUUUAGGGGAAGUAGCAUUAAACCCAAGUAAGCAAUGCUUUAUUAAAACUAACAAGAAGAAAUUUAAAAUAACGUGGAGAAUGUGUUAACCAAGAUACAAGGCAUGGUUAACAUUCACCUACAUGUGACUGCAUGUGAUUUUAGGCCAGUCUAUAUAUAAUCCAAUCUGUGCCAGACAGACCAGUGAUUGUUUUGUUUUUAAAUAGCAGCUGAGGAGACAAAUCGGGAUACAUGUAUAUGUAAUAUACGUGAUUGCAAGGGUAAAUCAGGGUUAGGUCUUCAUCUUCAUCCCCCCAAACUGUCUCGACAAUAGCAUUCACCCCGUCGUUCUUUUGGAAAAAACAACUCUUAUCAUGUAAGUAUGAUCUGAGUUCAGUAUAUGUCAGAGAGCGCUGUGUGAGGCCAGUUAGGGACAGGGGGAGGAAACUCAGAUCCCCAAUUUGGAGCUGCAGCUGCAGCCGCUUGGCACGUGUACAUCUAGGAGCAGUGUCCUGAAACAAGCAGCACGCCGGGAUGUAGCAUUCCUCGAUACUUUCCUCCAUAACAUGUUUCACCUGAAGAUGUGCGGCACAGUAUCGCCUACUGAUAGUCUGACCUCGUGGCAGACAUUCAGACACGGUUAUCUAGUCUCCAAGACCACAGACAAUAUAUAUUAGAAACUGAGUCCAACUCAGCUAUAGUUUGCCUCAGAUCAUGGCCUGAAGUUUAUCUGAAAUCAAGCCUUGUUCUGAGCUCCAUAAUCACUUGUUUUGUAGAUGUAUUAUAUAUUUUGUAAGAGUAUUUGUAGCUAUAUAUUUUCAGAGAAUUGUAUUUCUGGGACGAAUAAAACCUGGCCAUGUUUUUGCCAACUUUGCCAACUAA